GAUUGAUGAGUGUCGUAGACCAAGUGGUCAUUCAGUUAGCCAGAUUGCUACAAUAGCUAACCCAAAACAAAUAAUUCUGAUGUGACGUUGUCGAGAUUUGACAUAACGCGGAACUGCUUUUUUACUUCACCUCAGCGGAGUAGAACCUGAGGUUGCUGUGUCACUCAGUGGGUCUCUGCCAAGAAGUUACCACAUGCCUUGCACCGGAGGUGCCAGGAAGUGCGCUUACAUGCAUACGCAGACUUCAGCCGAGCAACACUCUUAACCUUACACAAUUCAAAUACUGCAUGCACUCAACCGCUGACACACACACUGACCGAACACAUUCACGGACCCAUUCCAACCCUUCUCACAGUUUACCACACACAAAGUUACUGGAUCCCUCUGCUCUUCCUGAAGUUAGAAUCUACAAGCAACAGCGAGGCACACAAUCGCUCCUGAGCUGCACAACUGGUGACAUACCACAUACCAUGUGAUACAAUAAGUGGAAUAUAUUUUUACCACAUCAUUUUUGGACAUAGUAAUCUCAUUAAUAAUGUUUCCUUCCUCCUCAAUUAUUUGCGAUUAUUUGAAUCCACAAUGUGCCGACCAGCAGAGAUGCUCUCUGAUUAAUCUUGUCUUAGACAGUGAGUGAUCAAGACCCUGGACGUUACAUGUUGCAUCAGCAUAUAAUAACAUAGUGCAGUUCUGCGUUCAUAUCGAAAAUAGUAGCAACAAGUGUUUAUACGCUGAUUAUAAACCAACCAUCAAACAAAAUAUACCCAUUAGCGGACUGUAAUGGGAGGAGAAGCAAAAAGGGAGGCUUGUGGCCUUCCGGAGAGGAGGAAACCCAAGGAGGAAGCCGAAGAGAGAGAGAGCGAGACGGAAGUAGGAGGAGAUGGAAGGGGUAUGCGGAUCCCUCUGCAUCGCUGGGUGAUGCAUGGGGCGGUGAUGUUUGGACGGGAGUUCUGCUACGCCAUGGAAACAGCCCUGGUGACGCCAGUGCUGCUGCAGAUAGGUCUUCCUGAGCAAUAUUACAGUUUAACCUGGUUCCUCAGUCCUAUCCUGGGUCUCAUGCUCACACCCGUGAUCGGCUCAGCCAGCGACCGAUGCACUCUGCGAUGGGGCCGGAGAAGACCAUUCAUUCUGGCCCUGUGUGUGGGUGUGCUGCUGGGAGUGGCGCUGUUCUUAAAUGGAUCAUUGAUAGGCCUUUCCGUUGGUGAUAGUCCCGGCAGCCAGCCAAUUGGCAUCGUCCUUACUAUGCUAGGUGUGGUGGUGCUGGACUUCAGUGCUGAUGCCUCUGAGGGACCAAUCAGAGCUUACCUUCUCGAUGUUGCUGACACCGACGAGCAAGACAUGGCCUUGAAUAUUCACGCCUUCUCUGCUGGGCUCGGCGGAGCAGUGGGCUACAUGCUGGGCAGCCUCGACUGGAGUGGCACAGCUCUGGGCCAAGCGUUUAAAUCACAGGAGCAGGUCCUCUUCUUGUUCGCGGGCAUCAUCUUCAUCAUCUCAGUCACACUGCACAUGCUCAGUAUCCCCGAGCGACAUUUCGCACCUUCCAACCAGCUUAAAGAUGUGGCGAGCGGGGGGUCUACCAGCCAGUUGUCUUUCAGGCCCGUUGGCCACACGCCACCUUUACUCGACGUGAUUGCAGAGGAGGAUGCUUCAGCUCGAGCCCCGUGCAGAGAGGACAACGAAUCGGAUUCGGAGGAAGGAGACAUGGACUUCCUUGCCGUGGAGCGCGUGCGGUGUAAAAGCGAUUCAGUCUUAGCCAUGCCAGAUGCUACAAUCGAGUUGGAUUCUGACCUCGACCCAGAGUCACAACUUUUCCUGCCGCAGUUGCACCACUUUCUACCGGGGACACAGGCAGAGCUAGACGAUGUUUUCAAGCCAUCAAACCACAGUAUUGGGUCCUCGUCUCCUUCUGGACCACCGGCCCAUUCUGAUGAGAUGGUGGUUUUAGAGCCUACAAAUCCAGACUGGCCUGAGCGUAAGGGUCCACAGGACUCGUAUCGGGUGAAAUCCUCUGUUAUGAUGGUCAAGGCUUCCAAUGGUGUCGAUGCUGCCUUGUCACCUUCUGACCACUGCAACGCGAUGAAAGGCCACACCUCCACAAGCCGCCCCUCCAACACCUCAGUUUCCCCACGACCACACCCACACACCUUCUACAGACAGCCCUCCUUCACUUUCUCCUACUACGGAAGAGUGGGAUCGCAGCGCUAUCGACUGCGAAAAAUAGCACCAUGGAGCCCUCGGCCAAUCACCACCUCCCAAAGUCUGAAUGACCUCAGUGAACUCCAGCGGCGUCCAGGCAGGCGAGAGCUGCAGCUUUCAGCUAGCAGUCUGUCAUCUGAGGGCUCCAGCAGUGAGGGCGGACCAGGCGAGGGUACAACUGUUCGACUGCUCUGGUUGUCCAUGUUGAAGAUGCCAAGGCAGCUGUGGAGAUUGUGUGUGUGUCACCUCCUCACAUGGUUCUCCAUUAUAGCUGAAGCUGUGUUUUACACUGAUUUCAUGGGGCAAGUCAUCUACCACGGAGAUCCCACGGCACCAGCCAAUUCCACGGAGCUACUCAACUAUCACAAAGGAGUUCAGAUGGGCUGCUGGGGACUGGUGGUCUAUGCUGCUACUGCUGCUGUCUGCUCUGCAAUCCUUCAGAAGUACCUGGAUAAUUUUGAUCUGAGCAUUAAGAUUGUGUACAUUGUUGGAACUCUGGGAUUCUCAAUAGGAACUGCUGUCAUGGCAAUCUUCCCUAAUGUUUAUGUGGCCAUGGUGAUGAUCAGUAGCAUGGGCAUCAUCUCCAUGAGUAUCUCCUACUGUCCCUAUGCAUUACUCGGCCAGUACCAUGAAAUCAAAGAGUACAUUCACCACAGUCCAGCAAACACUAGUAGAGGCUUUGGUAUUGACUGCGCUAUCUUGUCCUGCCAGGUCUAUAUCAGCCAGAUUCUGGUUGCAUCGGCCCUUGGAGCUGUGGUCGACGCAGUCGGCAGUGUGCGUGUAAUUCCUGCCGUGGCCUCUGGAGGCUCCUUCCUCGGCUUCCUUACGGCCUGUUUCCUCGUCAUUUAUCCUGAUGCGGAGCCCAGCAGCUCAGAGCAGGACCUGGGCCUGGGCCUGGUGGGUAGACCUGGAGAUUCAGACCCAAAUGGAGGAAGGACCAGUGACCAGAGGUUGGCUCUGCUGAACCUCACAUAUGGGGAUAAUUUGAAGAAGGAAGAGAAUCACUCUGUUGCCUGAGCAUGUAAAGAGUUGUUUAGCUUUCUUCUCACUAAGCACACACCACAACAUGUGUGGGUUAUACCAAAUGUCUGUGCCUUUCUGAAGGAGGAAAGAUGGCACAACGUUCUACAUGAAUCUCUUCUUCUUCUCCUUCUUAUUGCUACCUCAACUCUAAAACAAACAACCGUUUAGACGGCUCGAUGGAUCGAGGACAGCCAUUGAAACACAAAGAGCCACAUGAUAGUGACUUGGUGAGACUGUUCAAACUAACUUAGCUCAGACUACUGAUACAAAUGUAAGCCUUUAUUGUGAAAACACAAAUAGGAAGCACACAGAGCACUUUGUCUCACUCCUGAACAGUAUUGCCACACUGAUGCAAUGAUGCAAUGUGUGACAUUUAACUUCACAGAAGCUGCUCCAUGGUUACUUGAUGGCUAAUCGUAGUGCUGUAAAAGUGUGCAGCUCUGCAUUACAUAUUGACUGAAUACAAUUGUUAAUAUUUGUUCCAGUCUGCAUACUUGAUAUUGUUAUUCUAUAAAUGCCAGAAAGUGUCCAAACUAAAGGGCCAAUACAUUUGCUGCAGACAUAACCAUUUCAUAAACUUUUUUAAUUUUACAUUUAUAAUGCCUGAACCUGUUACAUAGCAAGCUAGUGCGCGGUUAGAGGGGCCCUUUUUAUCAAGUUUUUUUCUUUUCUUGCCUGUACAGAUACACGCGUUCUGAAGAGGCCAUAUUCUCCUUUCUGUGCCAAUGAAGACGGAUUUUGCAAAUCCUGUGAAUUUUCACUGUAAAUGCUGGUGUUGAGAUGUUCGCUCAAGUUUGACCUGAAGUGGUGUUGGACUUCAACACGUUUUGUAUUAGAGG